AAAAGUAGUAUUUUAAUGGAUCACAUGAAGAUCCACACUAGCGAAAGGCCGUACCUGUGGAACCCCUGCGGAAAAUCGUUUACAAAAUCAUCAACAUUCAAGAAGCAUAAAAUGAUCCAUAUGGGCGAGAAGCUCUACGUCUGCAAAACGUGUGGAAAAAGUUACAGGCAAAAUUCCAGCCUGGUGAUUCACUCGAGGACCCACACUGGCGAAAGGCCGUACCUGUGCAACACCUGCGGCAAAACCUUUACUACAUUAUCAAAUGUUAAACGGCACAUAACCAUGCACAUGGGCGAGAAGCCCUACACUUGCAAAACAUGUGGAAAAAGUUACACAGAACGUUCCAGCCUGGUGGUCCACUCGAGGACCCACACGGGCGAGAAGCCCUACAUCUGCAAAACAUGUGGAAAGAGUUACAGGCAACAUUCCCACCUGGUGGUUCACUCGAGGAUCCACACGGGCGAAAGGCCGUACCUGUGCAACACCUGCAACAAAACCUUUACUGAAUCAUCAACUCUUAAACGGCACAUUACCACGCACAUGGGCGAGAAGCCCUACAACUGCAAAACAUGUGGAAAAGGUUACAGGCUACGUUCCACCCUGGUGAUUCACUCGAGGAUCCACACGGGCGAAAGGCCGUACCUGUACAACACCUGCGGAAAAACCUUUACUAAUUUACCGGAUCUUAACUGCCACAUAACCACACACAUGGAUGGACACGGAGAAUCAGUUCUGCAGUCCAACUGA